CAGACCCAGCGGCAUUUCGCGAGCUUGAUCCCCUCGCGUCCUUCAUACUCGAAAACCGCAUCUCUAACCCCGACCAAGAAUCAGACAACAUGGCGCCUCUCCAACGUCGCAACACCAACCUCUCGCUGCAAGGCACUGUAGCGGUCAUAAUCCUUGUCAUCAUGUUCGUGGCAGGCAUCUUCUGCACGGUCAUUUUCGUGAAGCUUUGUAGUAAACAGCGGAGGCGCGAAAGGGCUAUGCGCAGGAUGCAGGAAAGAGACGCGCAGUUCGUCGGGGUUCAGUAUACUGCACCACCGGGCGCCCCAAGCAACGGAAGCACGCCACCACCGUAUGCAGGACAGGAGCAUGUACCGACGGAGCUGCAUGGAGACCAAUCCAAACACAAUGGACCACAGGAGUUGCAAGGAGAAGGAAGAGCUGAACUUGCUCAACCGCAGCAGUUGAAUGGGUAUAUGGCAGCACCAACGGUCGAUAAUAGUGAUCCUAUCGAACUACCCGCGAAUGCCGUGGUGGCUAAUCACGACAACAACGGAGCUGAAGGUCUUGCGAUGGAAGAACCGCAACAGGAAAGAAAGACGGCGUUCGUGCGCAUGCAAGCUAUGUUCAGAUGAAGACGUCAUGAGACCUAGUAACGCGAUAAGACCCCGGGAAUGCUUUAUGGGCAAACGCCAAAGCUAUCCACAAGAGCUUCACGAGCAAAUAAUCUCCACGAAAUGCGUGUAACAAUGGAGAAACCACAGCCUUGUCUCGCCUUCGCAUAACAAAUCU